AUGUUGCCAUGUGUGAACAAUGAUGUUGUAGGAGAAAGCAGUACAUCAAAUGCUAGACAGAGUGUUUGCAGCUUUAUGCAUCAAGGUGAUAGCAGGUUCAAAGAGGUGACUUCACCAGAUAUGUUGUCAUGUGUGAACAGUGAUGAUGUAGGAGAAAGCAGUACAUCAAAUGCAAGACAAAGUGUUUGUGGUUCAAGUCAUCAAGGUGAUAGCAGGUUCAAAGAGGUGACUUCAUCAGAUAUGUUGUCAUUUGUGAACAGUGAUGUUGUAGGAGAAAGCAGUACAUCAAAUGCAAGACAGAGUGUUUGUGGUUCAUUUCAUCAAGGUGAUGGCAGGUUGAAGUGGCCAGGAAAACAAUGUGUUGCAAUUAGUUUAGUAGCAAUGGCAAUGCAUAGUGUAAAUACUGUGUUUUCAUGGGAAACAAAAGAUUUAGAUAAUGUUUUAACUAUUGGUGAUAACUUGUAUGGUUAUUUGCUUCAAAACAACUGUAUUAGUGAUCCGAAACCACAGAAGUGGUUGUGUGUUCCAGAUUUGCCUUGUGAAUAUGUGUUUAAUGAGAAAAGGUUUGUGUUUGAAUAUGGUAAAUGUGUUUCUGGAUUUGUAGAUGUGAAUGAUGGAGAAUUGAUAACAGCUGGUGUAUGUGUUCCUUUAGUCCAUGGUCUGCACACAAUGUUUGAACAAUAUGAAACAUGCUUUUUAACAUUGAAUGGAAAUACCUGUGCCAUUAUUAAGCAAAAUGGACAGUUUGCUGUGAUUGAUUCCCAUGCACGUAGUAGAAUUGGAAUUCCUGAUAGUGAUGGGUUGAGUGUGAUUGUAUAUUACAAUUCAUUGAGCUGUGUUUUGAAGCAUAUUGAGAACUUUGCUGCAUGUGUUGGUGGUAAAAUGAAAGAAUUUGAAAUAAGUGGUCUUGAUGUAAUUCCAGAAAAAAGUAGCAAAGUAUCUGUCAGACAUUGGACCAUUGGGAUGUCCGUGUAA